AUGCUGCUGCUCCUCAUCGUAUCCAUUGUCAAUGUGCUUUUUGGUGUUGGAAUGGUUUGCAUGCCCCUGUCAGACAACGGGCCCCACAUCACCCAUGGCUGGGCCCAGGUGGUGCGGCUCAGGCACCUUUACGCCACCAGACCAGGAAUGCACCUGCUGAUCAGUGAAUCUGGACAGAUCCGUAGUUCUGCCGUCCAGACUCUGCACAGCCUAAUGGAGAUUCGUCCAGUGGGUCCAGGCCGUGUUGUCAUCAGAGGGGUAGCAACUGCAAGGUUUCUCUGCAUAGAAGACGACGGCACACUGUACUCAUCGCAUGCCUACAGCAGAGAGGACUGCAUCUUCAGAGAGCAGAUCUUGCCAGAUGGGUACAACAUCUACAUCUCUGACAGACAUGGAGUACUGCUCAGUCUGGGAAACCACCGGCAAAGACUGCAGGGCUUAGACCGAGGAGAUCCAGCCCUGGCCCAGUUCCUCCCCAGGAUCAGCACUCUGAAUCAAAUCCCUUCCCCUGGGGCAAACAUCGGUGACCACAUGAAAGUAGCAAAAACAGAAGAACCUGUGGACACAAUAGAUUCAUUUGGAAAGUUCUCUCAGAUCAUUGACAGUCCCAGCUUCCAUAAGAGAUGA